CCUCAACCUCAUCAAGUCACAUUAACCCACAACAAACAUGAAGAUCGCUCUUCCUCUCAUCGCCACCCUCGCUCUCGUGGCCGCCAACCCUGUUCGCCUCAAUGAGCGCGAUGACAACGACACACUCAGUGUUGCGGUGGCCGUGGACGGCAAGUGCCCCGACGGCGGCUCGGUCUUCCAGGCCAACGGCAAGGACCUUUGCUGCCCCGCCGGCAACGUCUGCGACCAGGACGUCAUCCGUCCUGAGGCAAACAACGAUGUCGACGUAGCUCAGAACGGCUAUGUUUGCAUCAGGUACCUUCUGUACUGCACCCGCUACUGGUGCUACUACCGCCGCAUCUGCUGGUACACCUGA